ACAGCCAACUUCGGAUUGAAUACUCUUUACCUGCCAAUGCAUUGCCUGGCUUGGUUUGUCAUUGGAUACUCCUUUCAGAAAACAAAAUAGCACAUCAGCACGAGUUUAAGGCUUCGAAGUAGAGAAACCGCGUCGUCUAUUGGCGAGUGGUGCUCGGCGACCACACACCCGGGGAGGAAGCAGCUAAGCACAAUGGCCAGGCCACCGCGGGGGAGCGACCUCGUGUCAGUGUUGCGUGGGCUGUCCCGUGUUGGCUCAGCAGUGGUGGAUGUGAGGUCGCAAGAGGUCACCAAGGCAUGGGCUACCUCCUCCUUACGACCUCUGAUCGUGCAGGGGUCGGCCAACCUCCAGGAUGCUAUCUCCAGGGCCAUUCAGCAGCCACAAGUUGUUCAGACUGAAGCAUCAAAGGGUGUGUCAGAGGCACUUGCCCGCAUCUCAAUGGUGGGAGAAGGCAUCAGAGCAUACAGGAGUGGUGCAGUUCCAGCUGCAGCAGACCUUUCAAGCCAAGUGGAAACUGCAAUUGACCCGAUGUAUGAUCCAGAAGUGCAGGAGCUGAACAUUGAGGAGAUCAUGAUGCAGGAAGCUUGGAUGGGCCACGAGGAGCACAAGAUUCCCGAACACACAGUUGUAGACAAGCAGAUGAAUGAGGCCAUUGUGGGUGCCAGGAACAUCAGAGAUUCAGUAAUGGAAAAUGCAAAAGAGGCCAAAAGUAGCAUGCAGAGAAGGAUGGAAGAAUUUGAGCCCCUACUCGAUGUGUCUAAAGUGGAGGAGAGGGAGAUUACAGACGACCAACUCCAAGCUCUGCAGGAAAAGCUGGAUGAGCUGAAAGGGGCUUCCUUCGGACAAAAUAUGAAAAUGUUGAGUGAUAUACAGGAGCAUUCCAGACCCAUGGAAGAAGUAUUACAGGAAAUUAUAAAAGAUCAAACAGGUCUUCAAGACACGGUGCUACAGGAAGUUGCAACUGAACAAACAGCUGUCAAGGAAGAACUAGUACAGGAAGUUAUUCCAGAACAGACAGCUGUCAAGGAAGAACUAGUACAGGAAGUUAUUCCAGAACAGACAGCUGUCAAGGAAGAACUAGUACAGGAAGUUAUUCCAGAACAGACAGCUGUCAAGGAAGAACUAAGACUUGAAGUUGCAACUGAACAAACAGCUGUCAAGGAAGAAUUAAUACAGGAAGUUAUACCAGAACAGACAGCUGUCAAGGAAGAACUAGUACAGGAACUUAAAUCUGAACAGACAGCUGUCAAGGAAGAACUAAGACAGGAAGUUAUACCAGAACAGACAGCUGUCAAGGAAGAACUAAGACAGGAAGUUAUAUCUGAACAGACAGCUGUCAAGGAAGAACUAAUACAGGAAGCUAUAUCUGAACAGACAGCUGUCAAGGAAGAACUAAUACAGGAACUUAAAUCUGAACAGACAGUUGUCAAGGAAGAAAUAAAGCAGGAAGUUAUACUUGAUCAGACAGCUGUCAAGGAAGUUGUACCUGAACAGGCAGCUGUCAAGGGAGAAGUGGUACAGGAAGUUGUGCCUGAACAGGCAGCUGUCAAGGAUCUCAAGGACGAAGUAAAGCAGGAAAUUAUACCUGAACAGGCAGCUGUCAAGGGAGAAGUGGUACAGGAAGUUGUCACUGAGCAUGCAGGCCUCAAAGAAGAAGUAUUGGCAAAACCAAGUACUUCUGAAGUUAUGGAUGAAGCACUCAGCCCAUCAGAGGAAAUAGUGUCAGUAAAGAAAGAAGUAGAGAAGGAACUGGACAGCACUUUAGCCCAGGUAGCCAAGACCAUUAACCUUGAAGAAGCUAGUACCUCUACUGUUCGUGAUUUUGAUGUUGAGCUUCAGGCAGAGCCAGCCAUUUGCAAAGAUGAAGCAGAAAAGGUUGUAAUCAAAGCAUCUCCAGAAUCCAGUGGCACAAAUGUUGAUGCAUCUUCAGCAGUGGAAGAUUUCAUAGUACCUAGUACUGUUGGGUCUGGACCUGCAGCUGCAGCUAGUAUUUCAGGAGCAGCUGUUGCUUCAGCUAGUAUGGCUGCUGCAUCAACAGCAGCAGCAGCUGCAACAGUAGCUGCAUCUGUAUCUGCAGUUGCCACUCAGUCUGUAGCUUUAGAAGAAAAAGCCAAGCCAGCAGCACCAAAGCCGAAGCUCCUGGGAAGAAAACCCUUAGCUAAAGACAAACCCAAAUCAACUCUGGCAUCCAAUGCUCAGGCACGCAAGGUUCCCCACUCCCGCAUUGGACGACUAAUGAGCUUUGGCGGCCUUGCUGCAGGCCUGGGGGCAGGAACUUUAGCAGAAUUGACCCGCAGGUCCUUAGGCAUGAACGAGGGGAAAGGCAGUGGGUCCCUUCUUGAUGCCUCACCAUUUUUGACUGAAGCCAAUGCAAAGAGAAUUGUUGAUACUCUCUGCAGAGUUAGAGGAGCUGCCCUGAAACUUGGUCAGAUGCUUAGUAUCCAAGACAAUGCCCUCAUCAACCCUCAGCUCCAGAAGAUAUUUGAGCGAGUGCGACAGUCUGCAGACUUCAUGCCUGCCUGGCAGUUAGAGAAUGCCCUUGUGGACCAGUUUGGGCCAGACUGGCGAUCGUUAGUAACAACAUUUGAUGAACGUCCUUUUGCUGCAGCAUCCAUUGGCCAGGUACAUCUGGCAACACUCCCAGAUGGUCGGUCUGUUGCCAUGAAAAUUCAGUACCCAGGAGUAGCAGAAGGCAUAGACAGUGAUAUCAACAACCUCAUAGGAACACUAAAGAUUGCAAACAUUCUCCCAGAAGGUCUGUAUGUUGAUUCUGUCAUCGAGGUAGCCAAAAAGGAAUUGAACUGGGAAUGCGACUACAUACGAGAAGCUGAGUGUACUACAAGAUUUAGGGAUCUUGUUAAACCCUAUCCAGAGUAUUAUGUUCCUGAAGUCAUUAGUCAACUGUGUACAAAACAAGUAUUUAGCUCAGAGUUAAUUGAUGGCGUACCAGUAGAUAAGUGUAUUGAAAUGGACCAGGAAACUAGAAAUUAUAUAUGCGAAAAGAUUCUACGUCUCUGCCUCUUGGAAUUAUUCAAAUUUGGCUUCAUGCAAACAGAUCCCAAUUGGUCAAACUUCUUCUAUAAUGCAGAGACUGAACAGCUUGCUCUGUUGGACUUCGGGGCAUGUAGAUCCUACGAGAAAUCAUUUGUUGACAAGUACAUUCAGAUCAUCCAUGGUGCGGCAACAUAUAACAGAGAAAAAAUAUAUGAGUAUUCCAAACAGCUUGGAUUCUUGACAGGCCACGAAGCGAAGGUCAUGAUUGAUGCACACAUAGACGCUGUGAUGAUCUUAGGCGAAGCUUUCCAGGAGGAUAAGUUAUUCCACUUUGGAGCUCAAGACACCACCUACAGAAUCCAACACCUUGUCCCAGUCAUGCUCUCCCACCGCAUGUGCGCUCCCCCCGAGGAAUCCUACUCCCUACACCGCAAGAUGUCUGGGGUAUUUUUGUUGUGUGCCAGAUUGAAUGGCCAGGUUAACUGUAAGCCGCUGUUUGAGGAGGCAUUUGACGGUUAUAAGUAUGGAGGAACAUGGGAGGAUUUUCAUGCAGGGAGAUUGUAAUAACCUAACUUUGCUAGUUGACUUCAUUUUUUUUAGACCCUCCAACUUUACUAUACUAUGGGAUUAAUUAAAAUGAAAAGAGCAAAAUGGAACCUUCAUAUGCAUUUGUUUCAUGAUUAUAUGUAAAGCAUCUAUACAUUUUGCAUAAUUUUUAUCAUUAUUCACCUGAAUGUCACACCUUAAAAUUCAAUGUAUAUGUUGAUAUAGUAAUGAUGUUUGCUUAUAACAAAGAAAGUGAAAAAAAUAUAUGACUGUUCCAUGUAGUACCAUUUGUUUCACGUAGCCCCAUGGUAUGGUAUAUAGAUAUAUAUUUUGCUAAUACCUGUGAUUUUCUUUUUUAAAUAACAUUAUUAAGAAAGUGGAAGUAUAUUUUGUCAGGGAAUAAUUGUAAAUAGUUCACUAGUCUAUUUUACCAAUUACUGUUACCGUGAUACCAACAAAACAUCUUGUAGGUUUCCUAUUGGUACUGGCCCUGAUUUUUUUUUCUUCUUCUUUUUUUCAUUUAAUGUUGCAAAGGUACUGUGCCCAGCUGACAAUCAUGCUGACCUGAGGCCAAAGCCUGCAAUGGCAGUUGUUAGCAGCCCUGACUAUUCCUUGCACAUAGGAUGAUUAAAAGCAGCACAAUAACAGAAGUCACAAGAACUAUGACCCCAAACCCAAUGUAUUAAUAAUUAUCAUCAUUUUCAUCAUCAUCAUCAUUAUUUUAGCUUUGAAAAAGCCUUUGUAGAGUUAUGCUGUAUAAUUUUGAGGUUGUGUACAAUUGUUUAUUUAAUUUGUUUCAUGACUUAUGUAUAAAAGUAUCCUAAUGUUCAUGUACUGUACCUUGAUUGAGAAGGUUUUUGUAUGAUUUUCAUAUGUAAUUAUGGAAAAUGUAUAAUAAGACAAAAUAUUGUAAAGGCAUUUUAUGUAAAUUACAUAUGUACAUAGAGAACUUUUGUAAUAAACAGACUAUAUGAA